GGAGAAUGUUUUCAUCGCAAUGCUAAUUUGCUUUCUCUGGUAUAUUUAUAGGAUUUUAUUGAUGCUGAAGUUAAAAUUUAGCCUAAAUUUAGAAUGGUUUUAGGCUUAGCAACUUAGAGUGUUAGCAGAAGAUAUAGUCGAAGGAUAAACUUUAUGUGCUUCGAUAAUUUAAUUAAAUCGGAUAUACACCAUCUUUGGGUAUUACUUGAAUAUUUAUGAAGAACUUGAUGAUGGUUUGGUGAGAAUAAGUUCUUUACUAUCCGUGAUGUUUUUGCUCUAUACUUUUAACUCUUACAUUUGCCAUAACAACCUCGUGAAUGCACCAAGUAUCGUGCUGCAAAGAUGGGAGACGUCUAAUCUAAUUUAUUGGAGGGAAGCAGUUAUAUAAAAUGGCGGCUAGAACUUUGAGAAGACGGCUCCAUCAUGGAGAUGUCGAUGGGAGAAGUAAUGAGCAUGUAGACAUAUCAAGUAUUGAUUCUCUGAAUGAGCCUCUUCUUGGAAAACAUAGCUUCGAUCGGAGACAAUCUGAGGUACAUGAUCACGAAAGAGAGCAAGAUAUCUGGGACGACAAGAAGAAGGAACAACUACACUGGACAUAUAUCUUUUCUAAUUUAAUUGCGGAAUGGACGCAAUGGUUAGCCAACAUUCUGCAUAGCUCUGGGACAGCUUUAGGAAGGCUUCUACCUUUUUCUUCUUCUAAUCAGGGACAACCGGUUUAUCUGAGUCCUUUACAGGAAGAAAGAUUGCAGAAUCUUAGGGAGAGAUUACAAGUGCCAUUCGAUGGUUCUCGUGUGGAUCAUCAAGAUGCGCUAAAGCAACUUUGGAGGCUCGCUUACCCUAAUCGAGCAAUUCCUCCUCUCAAAUCAGAAUUGUGGAAGGAGAUGGGUUGGCAAGGUACAGACCCAUCCUCGGAUUUCAGGGGUGGUGGAUUUGUAUCGCUGGAGAACCUCAUCUUUUUCGCACAGAAGUACCCAGAUUCAUUUCAGAUGCUAUUGCACAAACAGGAAGGGCAGAGAGCCGAAUGGGAGUACCCUUUUGCCGUUGCCGGUGUUAAUAUAUCGUUCAUGUUAGUCCAGAUGUUAGAUCUGCAGUCAAGCAUGCCGACUACUAAAGCUGGACUCCGUUUCUUGGAGCUGCUCGCAGAAGAUGAGAGUGCUUUUGACAACCUAUAUUGCGUGGCAUUUUGCUUGAUGGAUGCUCAAUGGCUCGCUAAACGGGCUUCUUACAUGGAGUUCAAUGAAGUUUUGAAGUCGACAAGAACCCAGUUAGAGCGCGAGCUUGCCCUGGAUGACACUACCAAUGUGAAGGACUUACCGGCAUUUACGAUGUUGUACAGAUAAAAAUUUUGUGCACCUUCAAGAGGAGAAUCAAGGCUUGCAUCUCCUAGCGAGCUUGAAAAUUUUUCUUGUUUUAAAAAUUAUUAUCUAUUUAAAGGGGAGCUAUAUGGUUAGACUGAAAAUACGAGAUGAGAUGAAAGACAUAUCAUCAGAUGGUACAUGGCUGAUGUGGUGAACCAAUUGUAGGCGAUAAUCCCCUGUUUCUGCUGUUCGAUUGUUCGGUGCUUUUACAACCCUUUGAUAUCAACUGCUAUACAAGUGUGUACUCACAAGAAUGCGAAAAGAAUAAAACAUCUUGUGCAUAGAUAAACUUCAUGAACUCUCUCUCUCUGGACUGUGGAGACAGAUCAAUGUGUAGGAUUAGGAUAUGGAAAGUUGCUUGCCAUGUAAUAGUUUAAGUCUUGGAAGGUGAUUCGACUGUACUGUGUAAUUCAAGCUUGUUGGUGAAGCUCAUCCUGAGCUUACAAUGGCGUUAAUCCGUUUGAAUAAAAGGUCGAAUCUGUAUGAAGUGGAAGGAUAAGUUUCCACAUUAUUUCGAUCAAACAAAACUGGUGAGGUGAAAAGUCAA